AUGUCCUCUGCGAGCCCACGGAAGUCGAUCGACAGCUUAGCUUCGGGUGCAUCCACACCUUCGCUAUCUCAGUAUUCACUCAACCAGCUCGAAUCGCCCCGCGUUCCGCCCCAGAGAUACCCCCUGAGACGAGGGUCAACUGCAAGCUCAAUCGCGAGCAUUGGAGGGAUUCUCGACUCCUCAAAUCGGCAUGGAUCAAUAGCAGAGUCAGGACAGAAUGCCAUCUCUACCCUCCUUCAACCUCCGAUUGUCCGCACCGGUCUUGUGCCCCAUACCGCUGUACCGUCUAGUGGAUAUAAGCCGCCAAGCUCCCGCGAUAUCCCUCCAGUUACCCUGACAAAUAUACCGCGUGUGGACGCCGCUGUAUUUGACCCGUACCUAUCGCAGGUUGGGUCCUUGUACGAUGUGUUCCAACAAGCGAAAGAAAGUGCUGGUGAUCAGGAAUCGCAGCUGGCACGGGACGGAGGAAAGGCCUCGCCUAAGCCAGAUGAUAAUGAAUUCUUGUCGUCACAAUGGUCUGCGGAGCGGCGGCCCUCAACAUUAUCGGUCAAUUCCCGCGCGAGCUCGCCUUUCGAUACUCGCGGACGGAGACGGUCGUCUGCUCGAGGCCGAGGACAUGCAGUGACGCCUCUUUCUACCAUCCCUCAGGUAUAUUUUGAUGAUGAUUUUCAUCUCGAGAACCCGCGGACAUUCGAUGUGGUAUCAGAGAAGUCUGAAGUUGUUACCCCGCCGAAGACACCGGGCAAGGAUGGUAGAUUUGAAAACGGAGCCGUUACCGGACCGUCACCAACGGGAAGAAAGGCACUUGCUACAAAUGCGAUAUUGCAAGAAAAGCUUUCCUGGUAUAUGGAUACGGUGGAAAUCCAUCUGAUUUCAUCAAUCUCAACGGCAUCCAAAUCAUUCUUCACUGCCCUCGGCUCACUCCGUGAGCUGCAUUCGGAGGCUGCUGACUCUGUAAAGCGGAUUCAAGUGCUGCGGAAAGAUCUCCAGAAGAUUGACUGCGAAAUGGCCCUAGGUGGCUUGAAGAUCGUUAAUCUACGGCGCCGGAGGGAAAAUGUCCGGUUGCUAGCAGAUGCUGUAUCUCAACUGCGGGAAGUAGUCCAGUCAGUUUCCCGGUGCGAGGAACUGGUUGAAAAUGGAGAUAUUGAAGAAGCUGCAGAUAGCCUUGAAGAGGUGGAGAGACUGAUGGCCGGAGAAACUGUGUCUGGUAGCCCAGCAGGCGUGGAUCCGCAGGAGCAUCCGAAAAAAGCUAUUGAUUUGAGGAGGCUUAAAGCCCUUGAAGGUGCAUCUGAUGACUUAGCCCAGUUAAGGACUCGAAUUGGCAUGGGAUAUGAGUCCCGCUUUCUGAAUGAUCUUCUUGAAGACCUGAGACAACAUGUGGAAAAUGUACCAUUGGAAGUGACGCUUCAGCGCUGGGGCUCUUCAUUUCAGCGACAACGUGGAGUGCAACGCUCAGGCGUUACUGUUUCCCCGGCGUAUAUGACCUUCGAUGACCAGCUGAGAUCGAGACUGCACACACAACUGACAGGCCUUGCACGGGCACACCAUACAACCGCAGCAGCGACUUCUUUCAAGACGGCAGUCUUACGAGAAAUGAAGAGUUUGAUCCGCAAACACAUGCCUAGCUCGAGCGAUGAUGAUAAUGAGUCAAUGGUGUCCGUGUCCACUCAUCGAUCCUCCCAGCUCAGUCAGCAAGAGAAGUCCUCGAUUCUUGCUCGGAACCUGCGUGCUUUAGACGCGGAAGAUGCCUACGCUAUGCUCGCCCGCGUAUAUACCGGCAUCAGUGAGUCCUUACGGAGACUUAGUGUCCAGGUCAAGGUCCUUCUUGAUCUUGCUAGUGGACUAGGGAAUAACUCAGUUCUAAAAUCUCCAAGGAGUCCCCGUUCACCUAACAUGGAUAAUGCAGCCCUGUCUGGGGCAAGCCCGCAGCCAGCGGCAACAAUAAUGGCUCAGGACGAAAUUUUACAAGUUCUAGACAUGUCUAGUCUCCUCGGUCAGGCGGUCGAUAUUGCUCAGUCGCAGGUGAACAAAGUACUGAAAGUUCGGUCCGAGCAGACCUCUCACCUGCCUAAGGAGGAAUUCUUGAAAUACUUUACCCUCAACCGACUCUUUGCGGAUGAGUGCGAAGCAAUUUCGGGUAGAAGUGGCACGGCUCUGAAAACUCUUGUAGGCAAUCAGAUCCGUGAUUACAUCGCCAAAUUUGGCGAUAAACAGCGACAUCGUAUUGUUGAAGUCAUGGAUGCGGACCGAUGGGAUGCAAGGGACUUCGGUGAGACAGAAAAUACGACUCUGAGCCGGAUUCUCGAUGCUAGUACUAAGGAUAUCGAGGCUUGGGUGGACGCCUCAAAGAUUUGGCUGCCUCAAGACAAAGCUGAAGGCAAUACGUCGGAAAGUACGACCAACGGAUCUGGAAAAGACAAGGUGCGCUCUGCGGUGAUUGAUGAGCAGAAAUACAUUCUAUCGGAAUCUGCGGUAGCCAUGAUGAGGAGCAUAGAAGAAUUCCAGUUCCUUAUGGCCAACAUUCCCAGCAUGAUUCAGGAUAUUGCACCGGGUCUUUUGGAGUCGCUGAAGUUAUUUAAUUCUCGCUCCUCUCAACUCAUCCUUGGUGCCGGAGCCACACGUAGCGCCGGUCUGAAAAAUAUCACUACGAAGCAUCUCGCACUGUCCUCGCAGGCCUUGAGCUUCAUCAUCGCGCUGGUACCUUACAUCCGCGAAUUUGUCCGCCGCCACUCACCUUCUAGUCCGUUGAUGGGCGAGUUUGACAAGGUGAAGAGGCUGUAUCAGGAGCAUCAAUCUGGUAUCCACGAGAAAUUGGUCGACAUCAUGAGUGGGCGGUCUUCUGUGCACGUAAAUGCCAUGAAGAAGAUUGAUUGGGACGCCUCAGGAUCUAGUACGGUUAAUCCGUACAUGGAGACUCUUGCAAAGGAGACCGGCACACUGCAUCGCGUGCUCAGCAAACAUUUACCAGAUAUGACCGUGUCGAUGAUCAUGGAUCCCGUGUUCAACAGCUAUCGGGAACAGUGGACCAAAGCAUUCGAUGAGGUGACCAUUCAUACUGAGCAUGGAAAGCAAAGGUUACAACGGGAUGCGGAGUUCUUCCAAUCGAAGCUCAGCAAAAUAGACGGCUUUGGAGACCUAGGAGAGCGUCUUCUGGAGCUGGUGAAACGAAAGACCCCAAUAGCUGAGGCCAAGGAGAACGGCUCGAACGAAGCCAAUACAAACAGCUCCUCCGAUACAAGCAACGGCAAGAAGAGUCCUCAAGCAUAA